AUGGUCGCCAUUGGUCCUCUGAAGGCUGUUUUGCUUGAUAUUGAGGGGACUGUUUGUCCGAUUUCCUUUGUGAAGGAUGUCCUUUUUCCAUUCGCACUUCAAGCUCUCUCCGAGGGCUUAGAUUCGCUCUGGGAGAGUCCGGCCUUCGCGCAGUACAGGCAAGCCUUCCCGACAGAGUUCCGGUCGAACCAAGAGGCCUUCAAAGCCCAUGUGGAGGAUCUCGUCGCUAGGGAUGUCAAGGCACCGUAUCUCAAGGCCCUUCAAGGUUAUCUCUGGGAGGAAGGUUACAGGUCCGGCAAGCUUCGCGCUCCUUUAUUCGAUGAUGUCGGCCCUGCCAUUGUCUCCUGGCAUGAUGCGGGCUUGAUCAUUAUGAUCUAUUCAUCCGGCUCUGUCCCCGCCCAGAAGCUACUCUUUGGGCAUACAACUGCCCAGCCAUCCGACAUGACUGCUCUGAUAACGGAUUGGUUCGAUACAGUCAAUGCGGGCCCAAAGGUUAACCCCGCGAGCUACACCAAAAUCGCUUCCCAUUAUCCGAACUUCCAACUAGACCAGUGGCUGUUCCUCAGCGACAAUCUCCUGGAAGUCGAGGCUGCUAGGGCAGCGGGGAUGCGUAGCUUGCCGGUAGUACGACCUGGAAACGCCCCAAUUGACGACCCCAAGGCCCUCAAGUCCGCUAUCCACGACUUCAAUGCACUGAGUUUACUAGCUGAGUAA